GGAGCUGCCUCAAAUGCCUGAAAUAAUUCCGCUUCCGUUUAGAGCUGGGACCAGCCUCCCACUUCGCCUGGGCUUCAGACCUGUCUCCCUUCAUCCCUGAGCGGCAGCGGGGCCGGGACCACCAUGGCAAGCUCCCCCCAGAAGUCCCCGUCUUCUCCCAAGUCCCCCACCCCGAAAUCGCCGCCGUCCAGAAAGAAAGAUGACUCCUUCCUGGGCAAACUUGGCGGCACGCUGGCAAGGAGGAAAAAAGCCAAAGAAGUGUCUGAAUUACAGGAAGAAGGAAUAAAUGCCAUUAACUUACCUCUCAGUCCAAUUCCAUUCGAACUAGACCCUGAGGACACUAUGCUAGAGGAAAAUGAAGUCCGAACAAUGGUUGAUCCAAAUUCCAGAAAUGACCCAAAAUUGCAAGAACUAAUGAAGGUAUUAAUUGACUGGAUUAAUGAUGUGUUGGUAGGAGAGAGGAUUAUUGUGAAAGACUUGGCUGAAGACUUGUAUGACGGACAAGUAUUGCAGAAAUUAUUUGAGAAACUUGAAAGUGAGAAGCUGAAUGUGGCUGAAGUUACUCAGUCUGAAAUUGCUCAGAAACAGAAGCUACAGACAGUUCUUGAAAAGAUCAAUGAAACCCUUAAACUCCCGCCAAGAAGCAUCAAGUGGAAUGUUGACUCUGUUCAUGCCAAAAGUCUUGUGGCAAUACUUCAUCUUCUGGUUGCACUGUCACAGUAUUUUCGAGCUCCAAUCAGGCUCCCAGAUCACGUGUCCAUUCAGGUUGUUGUUGUGCAGAAACGAGAAGGAAUCCUCCAGUCUCGACAAAUCCAAGAGGAAAUAACUGGUAACACUGAGGCAUUAUCAGGAAGGCAUGAACGAGAUGCAUUUGACACUUUAUUUGAUCAUGCUCCAGACAAGCUCAAUGUUGUGAAAAAGACUCUCAUCACAUUUGUGAACAAGCAUCUCAACAAACUGAAUUUGGAGGUCACUGAACUGGAGACGCAGUUUGCAGAUGGUGUAUACUUAGUCCUGCUGAUGGGUCUCCUUGAGGGCUAUUUUGUUCCUCUGCACAGCUUUUUCUUGACUCCUGAUAGUUUUGAACAAAAGGUCCUUAAUGUAUCAUUUGCCUUUGAGCUAAUGCAAGAUGGUGGAUUGGAAAAACCAAAGCCAAGACCAGAAGAUAUUGUAAAUUGUGAUUUGAAGUCUACACUGAGAGUACUGUACAAUUUGUUCACUAAGUACAGGAAUGUGGAGUGAAGAAUUGAUUUGGAACAGCGAAGGAGAGUUAACAAAGAAAACAUCAUCACUAGCACAUUUUUCAUCGGUAUUCCUGUGCGUCUUUAACCUGAAAGGAACUAAAUCAUUUAUCUGAAGAAUUUUUAAUUGAUUAUUCUUGCACGAGUAUUUUCAUAGUAGAUUUACAACUAAGGCUGUGUAAAACUGAUCUAAAAUAUAAAGAAAGAUGUUUAGAGGAAUCUAUCUGGGUAUUUUUGGCAAGA